UGACAACUGCCAUGCUUAACACACAUGUCUCAAAAACUUUGGGAAGAGGCAGCAAAAUGGAGUUACAUUUGGACGAGGAGGAUGGCACAUUCACCAGCAUUUCUUUGGCAGAYGACUCAGAGCGUUCCUCAAGAAAACUCUCUUCAAAAGUGGAAAGAUCCCCUUCUACAAUGAUGAAUGCCGACAUGGAUGCUGUUGAAGCUGAGAAUCAGGUGGAAUUAGAAGAGAAAACACGGCUUAUUAAUCAAGUUUUGGAACUGCAGCACACACUUGAAGAUCUCUCAGCACGAGUAGAUGCUGUUAAGGAAGAAAACUUGAAACUGAAAUCAGAAAACCAAGUUCUUGGACAGUAUAUAGAAAAUCUGAUGUCAGCAUCUAGYGUUUUCCAAACAACUGACACAAAAAGCAAAAGGAAGUAAGGGUUAAUUCACAGAUUGUCAUUGUAUUGCUGCUGUCUUUUUUUGUUUUAACUGGCAUAGGCUACAUAAGCUAAAAUACCUUAGUUUGUGGCUUACUGGAUACUUAAAGAUUAUAAACUUUGGUGAUUAACAGAAUUAAGAGCAUUAUCAUGAGCAGGAGACAGAAGUUUGUGUAUUAAGAUUAAGCAAUGUGCAAAUGUAGAAUAGAUAAUCUACAAAUUUUUUAUAUUUGUUUUAAAAAUGAGCAUAUCUUGUUAAAAAGUGGAUUCAGUUUGUCAGGUUAAACAAAGGUCUGUUGGCACUCUGAGGUUUUAGGAUAGAGUUCUUGACUAGCCAAAUAGUAGUUACAAUAUUGUGUUGAAACCCCAUUUGAUAAAAACAUUCAGACUUUAAUUGCAUCAAUUUUUUCAUCCCAGAUGUGUUUACUGUGUAGUACUGUUCAUAGCUCUGCAAAACAAAUGAAACCCUAUAAACCAGUUAAGCAUUCCUGUGCAGUAGGAACAGUUAUGAUAUUGUUUGCAGGGCUUGUGUACAGARAAACACUUCAGAAUUUUUGGGAAGSGGAAGGGUAAGAGAGGAGCAGCAAGGUUAGCAAUUUAGUCAGGGAAAUAGCAAACUGGUGUAGUAUCAGUAUUGUAAUAUGUACACUUGAAACCAUUGCCACUUUYCCAUUUCCCUGAAGAAUGAUCAGGCACAGCAUCACUACGUAUGAUCUUCCUGAAGUUCUUCUCUUAUGUGAGGAAGAGUUAAAUUAAAAACCUAAGUCAUAAGCUUUCCAGAAAGAGGUCAGCAAUGCUCCUUAUACUUGUGAACAAUCUGCAGUGAGGAACUGAGAACAAGUCUUUUCCUUCCCAUCUUUUACUUUCCUCCUGAAGUGCCAAACUUGUCUUUGCUUCAGGCCUCAGAGCAGCUGUAUUCCUGCCUCAGAACCUAAGCUUUUAAAGUGCUUCUUUAGGCACUGCAUAAAAACAUCUAAGGCAGAAGGAUGCAGUGGAAYGAAGGUGGAUUUUGCCUCUCAAAGCUGUGCUGCUUUGAGCACUGCCUGGUGUCAGGGCUGCUAGCAGGCUUGGUAGGAGAACUCAGCCCAUAUUAUGAGUCUGAGCACUUCCCACAGUGACAAUAUGUUCAAGGUAAUCAGUAUUAAGGGAGAGCAGAAGCUGAAAUACAAAUAUGUAGAUUUUAGCAGUACUUAGCUGCAUCUGUUUCAUCUUGCCUACUCCAGCACUGCAGAAUUAUUUAUGGAUGUUAGCUAGGACUGAGGUCGCUCUUCAGUAAUGAAGCCAUUGUACCUUUUAAAAGGAAACCACUAGUUCAAGGAUCUCUCUCAAGCAUGCUGUUAAUGUGCCAGUGUAACAGAAGAAUAAAUCCCUCUCAAAUCCCAAGUUUCUUAGCAGCUAGGCACUACUGUGUCACAAGAGUGAGUUGAUAUUGUGACCCCCUUCCCUAAAGUGAGGUUUCCCAUUUCUCCCCAUUUUAAAUGGUUCUGCAGUGCUCACUGGAGUCAAAUGACUCUAAACAAUGUCAAAAGACUGCAAACAAAGCUCUAAUAGUAUGUCUUGAGGGCUGUUUACAAGUCUGGCUCGAGAAACCGAAUGAUGAAAAAUGUUUUACCUACCAAGACACAAAUGGAUGAUGCURCCAUUUGUGUCAUGGGGUCCUUGUCAGCAUCUAAAAUUAUUUUUAAUCUUCGGUUAACUGCUUUCUCACAUUACUGGAAYUCUAAAUUAAUCCAAGAAUUGCUAGCAGGUAAAGUAGAUCACAUGGCUAGUCCAGAGUUUGAGCAUUAAAGGAAGAACAAUCACAGCAAGCACUUGAUUUCUAAAGGUUGCAUCACAUUACAGCCAUCAUAGCUUUAAAGCCACGUCACUGCCAUCUCCAUCUGCACUGUAGGAGAUCACCCAGUAACACAGCAUGCGUUUGUUAGACUUGAGCAAUUCUCAGGAUAAAGUAAUCUUAAAAUCAUGGUUUUGUAUUGUAGAUUGGAUAGUGGUAUUUUAUCCAUCRAUGUAUAUAUAGUAGUUAUUUCAUUUCCAUGCCAUUUUACAUCCCACUACUGUGGCCUUCAUUUAACUUAUGAAUAUUUUAAAGAUGUUGUAUUUCUGACUUUACACUAAAUAAAAACUUUUCAUUUGUCUCAA